CUCCAGUCUGAAGUCUCCCCGUAAACUCCGCAAACUCCACCGCGUCCAGCGUCUUCUUUCUCCCUGGGGCUCGGACCUCAGUUAUCGGAUAAGAGUGGGGAUUAAAACGAACAAGAUGGACGUUUUUUUGUCGCCGCACGGGAUCAAAUGUGGAGCCACGGAGCCGAAUCAGAGCAGUGUCCCACCAUUCCUUCACCUGUCCAGUGGCCCAGUCUCUCACCAUGAACACCAGUAGAAACUGCACAGCGGCGGCGGCAGCGGGGGGGAACAGCGAUGGUCUGGCCGUGCUGGAGUCUGUCUCCAUCGUGACCAUCACGCUCCUCGCCUGCCUGGGGAACCUCCUGAUCGUGGCCACCCUCUACCGCAGGCCUUAUCUGCUCACGCCCAGCAACAAGUUUGUGUUCAGUCUCACGCUGUCCAACCUUCUGCUGUCCACGCUGGUGCUGCCCUUUGUGGCCGUGAGCUCCGCCAAGAGGGAGUGGGUUUUUGGCGUGGUGUGGUGCAACUUCACCGCCCUGCUCUACCUGCUCAUCAGCUCUGCGAGCGUGCUCACACUCGGAGCUAUCGCCAUCGACAGGUACUACGCAGUGCUCUACCCGAUGAUCUACCCCAUGAAGAUCACAGGAAACCGGGCGGUGGUGGUGAUCGCGUACGUGUGGCUUCACUCUCUGGUGGGCUGUCUGCCUCCUCUGUUCGGCUGGUCCUCCUUCGAGUUCGACUGCUUCAAGUGGACCUGUGUGGCGUCCUGGCACAGGGAGCCCAGCUACACGGCCUUCUGGGUCACGUGGUGCAUCCUCCCGCCCCUGUUGGUCAUGCUGGCCUGUUACGGUGUCAUUUUCCGCGUGGCCCGCAUGAAAGCCCGCAAAGUCCACUGUGGCACCGUCGUCGUCGCUCACGAAGACUCCAACGGAGCUCAGAAAAACGGACGCAAGAACUCGAGCACGUCCACGUCGUCUAACGGAAGCCGGCGGAGUCUCGUGUACGCGGGCAGCCAGUGCAAGGCCUUCGUCACCAUCUUGGUGGUGAUCGGCACCUUCCUGGUGACGUGGGGGCCGUACGUUUGCGUGGUGUGCAGCGAGGCUCUGUGGGGACAGGGCAGCGUCUCUCAGGGGCUGGAGACUCUGGUGGCGUGGCUGUCCUUCUGCAGCGCCGCGUGCCACCCGCUCAUCUACGGCCUGUGGAACAAGACGGUGAGGAAGGAGCUGCUGGGGAUGUGCUUUGGCGACCGCUACUACAGAGAGUCGUUUGCGACGCGGCACAGGACGUCCCGGCUCUUCAGCAUCUCCAACAGAAUCACAGACUUGGGCAUGUCCCCUCACCUGACUGCCAUGCUGGCAGGAGGAGGACAUCUGUUGGCUCCUGGGAGCAGCACAGGAGACACUGGCUUCAGUUUCACCCAGGACUCGUGCACAGACGUGAUGCUGCUGGAUAACUUCUCCACCGACGGCUCCUCCCACGCACAGCAGCACGGGAAUCCGUCCACGAAGAGGAGGAGCUCGGUCACCUUUGAAGACCAGGUGGAGCAUUCCAAAGCUGAAAACACAUCCUCAGUCCAAGUCCACGCAGAGGUUCACAAAUCUUUAGACAUUUUCGCCGCCGGCCUGGCGAAGGCGAUAGAGAAAGACGCCAAACUCUCCCUUUUCGGGGAGGACGUGGCUCUGCCGGGGACACUGUUCCUGACGAGGGCGUCCACGAGACCCAGAUACUUGGACGGUCAGAGGCUGAGGCUGGAGAGCAUCGACGAGGGCAUCGUCAAGGACGACCGGGAGGAAGAGGAGCGCGAGGCGGAGGAGAAACCGGCCUGAGCGCGGCUCGUCCGGUAGACCCGUCGGACUCGCUCGCACUGUGCUGGGUUUAUUAUUAGUGAACUGUUUUACUCGCGACUUUCCCAGAGCAAAGUCUGUCCUGCUCUGUGGUACAGAUCAUGAAGUCCCGCUCCAAAUGGAUAACGCAAUACUUGAAGUUAUUAGGAAACACACGGAGGUACAGUAUUCAUUCCAUGUGUUUUUGUACGCGUUCAUGUAAUCGAAUAAGAAAUUCUUUAACUACUCUAACUUAUAUUUCCUGAUUGUAGUAAAUUCUUUACUACUAUGCAUUGUUGUUAUUGUACGUCGUGAGAAUUAGGAACACGUGCGUCGUUAGGGCUCGGCGGAAUGAAAGAUUACAGUCUCGUCUGUAUCUACCAAAAGAAACCGACACAGCCUUGAACUCUACAGCGGAGCGCCCCCUACAGUUUCCUGUCAACAUCCAUCCGUCGUCUACCGCUUUAUCCUCACCGUGGUUACCCGAGCCUUUGCUCGACCUCCUGAUUCUGAGGACUCCGGGGUUGUCGGCCCUGAUCUUCCGCGGCUGGUUUUCCGUUAACAGACAGUAGGGGGCAGUGUAGACGGCCUCCAGGACAUUUAACCGUCACACUGGCUCCGAAGUAAACAUCCCACGUAGUUCCUCCUUGCUCGCAUUUUAUUUCAUGCUCUUGCAAUACUGUAAAUACUUACAGGCUGAACAGAGUAAUUAGCUGGAACUUGUCGUUGACCGAUUUUUACUGAACAUAAUGAUAAUAUUAAGUGAUUUCUUUGGGGUGAUGAAAUAUAGCCAGUAUCAACAAAGCAUUCCUCUUUCUGCACUUGUCUUACAACAUUUGUCAGGCUGCGAACCUGAAUCUACGGAGCCCCGGAUAUGACAGGGUAAAAAAAUUCAAUAAAUUAUGCUCACGAAAUAAGUCUAACGUGCGCACGUUAUAUUUAUUUUGUGGCCACAAAGUAGGUGUAAUGUGUGCAGGAAAUAAUAAUAAUAAUAUUAACAUUCCUUGACACCUGGGUAAGCAAAGCAAGCAGUGUCGUGUUGUUAUUGUCGUACCUGUGCCGGUAAAGAAAACUGCCUCUCAAUGUUCUGUUAAAAUGCCAAUGACAGGCUUUUCAGAAUGUCUCUGUAGCUCAAUCCCAGCAUAAAAUCAAACUCUAUCACGCUAUCUCUGUCCAUCGCGUAGCUUUAGCCACGCUACUGCCUCUACCUUUGGACGACAUACUAACCUAUGACAUUUUGUCACAUUUUGGACGACAUACUAACCUAUGACUGCCUUUGACCUUAGAGGAGGUGUGCUCGAUUUGCUUACCCAACUGUCUAGGGAUGAUGAUAUUAUUAAUUAGUAUUUCGUGUGCACAUUAUACCUACUUUGUGGCCACAAAGUAGUAUUUUGUGGGCACAAUUUAAUUGUUUUUUUUACCAUGUCAUGUACGUGGCUCCGUAUGAACCAGUGCCGAGCUUCACCAUAUGAACACAAGUGUGUGUGUGUGUGUGGCCAGUAUCUGUUAGUGUUACUUAUUGCGUAGAUACCUGCCGAGUAUUAGAGAAGGACACACAGCAGUACAGUAAUUGCACUUGAACAUAUACGCGGUGUAUGUUUGUUUCCAUGGAAACCACUCGGAGAAGACGACCGGUACUGACCAGUCGGUCAUUUUUGUGAAACAGUACGACAGCAGUGAAGUAGCGAGAACCAAAUGAGCUAAAAUCGGGCUAAAGAGACACUUUCAGGUACAUUGUUUCUUAAUAUUGUGCCAUCGUGACGAGUUGAGUCUUAAUGAAAAAGGAUAAUGUUGUUGAUGUUUACCUCAGUUCAUUCAUACGCUCCAUGUCAUUAUUUUUUAUUAAAGGACGCGUGAGAUAGAAAACGAGUUCGACUCUGGUGCCUCGGUCUCACCUCGUACUUAAGUUUGAAUAAGUACGCUUGUGAGGAAUGAUGUAAUCCUGAGUUUCACCACACAGUAAAAACCAAUAUUUGUAUUCAAGUUUUGUAUUAAAAGUAGACUAUUAAAGCGUAUUUUUAAAUGCAAA